AAGUUGCCUCUGUAUCAGCUAGCUUCUCGGGAGAUGUAGUGUUGUUGCUGUGGUUUUGUUGGUUCUAGGCAGAGCUGUCAUUUGCUAGCGAACGUAUUAGCCACUGUCUUGUCAUGUCAAGAGCAACCUGUCCCCUCACAACACAGGGCAGUUAACGAGUUCAUUUCUUCACAUAUCCACCUUUGGGUAGGGUCAGAGGAAAGAAAUCUGGGCGUAGAGCAGAAGAGUGAGAUGAAAUGACAACGUCAACAUUACAGAAAGCAAUUGAUCUUGUGACCAAAGCCACAGAGGAAGACAAGGCAAAGAAUUAUGAGGAGGCCUUGCGCCUGUAUCAGCAUGCUGUGGAAUAUUUCCUCCAUGCCAUCAAAUAUGAGGCCCACAGUGACAAGGCAAAAGAGAGUAUACGAGCAAAGUGUAUGCAGUAUCUGGACCGAGCGGAGAAACUUAAGGACUAUCUGAAAAAUAAAGACAAACAGGGCAAAAAGCCUGUCAAGGAGGCCCAGAGCAAUGACAAGAGUGAUAGUGACAGCGAGGGUGAAAAUCCAGAGAAGAAGAAACUGCAGGAGCAACUUAUGGGUGCUAUUAUAAUGGAGAAGCCCAAUGUCAGGUGGAACGACGUGGCUGGACUGGAGGGAGCUAAGGAAGCUCUGAAGGAAGCCGUCAUCCUGCCCAUCAAAUUCCCUCACCUCUUUACAGGCAAGCGUACUCCGUGGAGAGGUAUCCUGUUGUUCGGUCCUCCAGGGACGGGGAAGUCGUACUUGGCUAAGGCCGUGGCCACUGAGGCCAAUAACUCCACCUUCUUCUCUGUCUCCUCCUCAGACCUUAUGUCCAAGUGGCUGGGAGAGAGUGAAAAGUUGGUGAAGAACUUAUUUGACCUGGCUCGCCAGCACAAACCCUCAAUCAUCUUCAUUGAUGAGGUGGACUCGCUGUGCGGCUCCAGGAACGAGAACGAGAGCGAGGCCGCGCGCCGCAUUAAAACAGAGUUCUUGGUCCAGAUGCAGGGUGUGGGAAACAACAAUGAUGGUAUCUUGGUGCUGGGAGCCACCAACAUCCCCUGGGUGCUAGACGCUGCCAUCCGCAGAAGAUUUGAGAAGCGGAUCUACAUCCCUCUGCCCGAGGAGCCAGCUCGGUCUCAGAUGUUUCGUCUUCAUCUGGGCAACACGCCACACAGCCUGAGCGAGGCCGACCUUCGGCAGCUCGCCCGCAAAACAGACGGCUACUCCGGCGCCGACAUCAGCAUCAUCGUCCGGGAUGCUCUCAUGCAGCCUGUGAGGAAGGUCCAGUCUGCCACGCACUUCAAAAAGGUUCGCGGUCCAUCCCGAAGCAACAACCAGGUGAUGGUGGACGACCUCUUGACUCCUUGUUCCCCUGGCGACCCUGCAGCCAUAGAGAUGACCUGGAUGGAUGUACCUAGUGAUAAGCUACUGGAGCCCAUAGUCUGCAUGUCGGACAUGCUGCGCUCUCUGUCCACCACCCGUCCCACAGUCAACACUGAAGAUCUGCUGAAGGUCAAGAAGUUCACAGAGGACUUUGGGAUGGAGGGCUGAGAGACAGAGCCCCACCUCUCCCCAGUCCACCAGAAGGGUCAUAUUGCUCCCAACAACUAAACCCCCCCCCCCCCAAAAAACUGCUGUACCAUCGUGUAGGCUUUCAUCUCACAGCUGAGCACUUGGUUCACUGCCUCUCAUGGAUUUCAAAAUAAAUGACUGGUCUGUUUGAACACAGAAAGAAAUCUUGUAUUUCUUACUUCUAAUUAUCCAGGCCAGUAUUUUUUAAUCCUUGGAGGAAGUCGACCAAAUGCUACAAUAGAAAAUCUUGGUGACAUUUGGUAGUUGGACAAUAGAGCCCAUGUCUUUCCCCAAUUUCAGACAACUUUCGUUACAAAGCAGCCGCUACAGCAUAUUCACUACAAGAACUUUUCAUCUAACCUGCAUUGAUGUAAGGAAAGCUGCAUUUGAAUCUAAAUGCACAAAGUUUGUCCCUCUCUGAGCCGAUUCUAUCAGACUGAAGGACUGUACAUUUUGUUUCCAUUGUGCACUUUUGCUUUGGAUCGCAAUGAAGGACAGUGACAUUUGAAGAAGAAACUAAGAAGAUAGUACCCCUGCCAGGCAUGCAAGUGUGUGAAUGCAUCUAAGUGUUUUUAUUAAACUUGUGUGUCUUAAUGUAUGUCUAUAUGUUGAGAGCCCUUUUGUUAUUCGAGGAAGAGUUAAAUGAAUUGAUCAUUGCUGCCUCAGUGUCCCUCUGCAGUGUCUGCCUGUACCUCUGCUAGCAGCAGUCUGAGCGAGGCAUUCAUGUUCAAUAUUUACAAUACAAGAGAUGUGCUUGAUUGCGAACUAAACACCACAUUUCCUCUACCCAAAAACUUGAAAAAGAUUGUUAUCCUCUAGUUGCUCUUGAGUCUCACCACAAGGUUCCUUUAGUGGUAUUGUAAAUGUUCAAAUAUCAAUUUUUUCUUUAAGGACUUCUCGCCAUAUUGGCUUAAAAGCUGAGGUUGAAAGUUCAUACUUGACCUUGGAAACAGCCGUUGGUCCAUUUAGUAGAUAUUCUGAAACUUUUGAUUAGAUCACAUGACCUUCAUCGCCACAGCUCCAAGACAUUCCAAGUCCAUUGAAUGCUCAGAAAAAAUUGGAAAUUCAAACAUCUACAAUUCUGGGCAAACUCGCUUAAUCUGCUGAUGAAGAUCAUGUGAUGUGAUCGAAAGCGCCGGAACAGCGACUAAAUAGAUCUGAGAUUGUUUUCUCAACUGCUGUUUCCAAUGUCUAAAAUGAACUAUGAACCUCAGCUCCAGUUGCUCAAAUGAGUUUCUGAACUGCAUUUCCCAGAAUACGCUUGUCUGAGUGAGCCACACUGUGAUGUCUUACUUCUUGGACUUCUUUUAUUGAAGUUUGUGUUUCUGCAGCAGUCCGUUCAGCACUGAUUGCUCCAAUGUUUAAUACUAAUUUUUUUCUUCCUGUUGAAGAGAAUCAAUCAAGCACAUCUCUUUAAAUGUUUUUCCUGGCAUACAUUGUUCAACAAUGUUACAGAACACUAUUUAUUUAAUUUGUUUGAUCACACCUGACAUGUAACUUGACUGACUAUAAUAGCGAUGCAGUGUGUUUACACUUGAAGUAUUUCAUUAUUUGUUGUUUCAUACGGAGCUCCAGUGAAAGCAUUUUUCUUUUGGGAGGCAAAUAUACACACGAAGUUCUACUCAGACACGAUCAUAUUGUUUCAUUACCGUCUGUUCAGGGUUGGCUUUCCUUCUCAAGCUUAAUAGUAUUUGUCCUGUUGUCAGCUAACAGACAAUAAGGAAAGCUAGCCCUGCUGGCUAUCAAGAAGCAAGAUCACACAGUUAGCCAGUUUUAAAUAAUCUUUUAAAUCAAACGUCUAUUUGAUGUUUGUUCUGUACCAACUCUCCGACCUCCCACUAUCACAUCAGGACCACAGGCGUGUGUGGCUAACUCAGUGAUGGGAUUUCUUGUCAUAGCUCAGUGCUGUGUGUUGUGGAGGUACAUACUGGUUCAGUAAUGGCCACAGGCCAUGUAACCGUUACUACUAAUUUAACCUGCAUUAAUAAAGAUUGACAUUUCAAAUGAAAAAAGG